AUGAAUGAAUUUACUUUUCUGGAGUGGAGCUGUCAGGACGUUGCUAAGUGGAUUGAGUCUUUGGGGUUUUCACAGUACAAAGAAUGCUUCACUGAGAACUUUAUCUCUGGGAGGAAACUCAUUCUUGUGAACUGCAGCAAUUUGCCAAAAUUUGGGAUCACUGAUUUUAACCACAUGAAGGUGAUCUGCGCUCGUGUGCGGGAGCUGCUAGGGAUCACAGAGACCCCGUGGACCCGGAGCGUCGCUGACCCUCCGCGGGACGUCCGAGCCAUGUACCUGGAACACAAGCGUCCGACCGGGGCCAGAGCCGACGGACUCACGUACCGGGAGUUUAGCGACGGUCUGCGGCGCGGCGAGGAGGAGGCGCUGAUGUGA